AUGUGCCUUGUGUUGGACUGCUACCGAUUGGACAAGCAACGUCAAGAGCUUCUGCUGGAAGUGAUUGCGAAACUGUGGGUCACGGGUGUGUUGGGCACUGUAUCAAAAGGGCGGACCAACAACGCUGGGAAUGUGGACUAUAGUCAAGUUACCAUACUGACCGACACGAGUGGAGGGGAGGAUUCUGAGCGGAGCACGAGCCCUAGGCGGACUAAUAUCGAAGUGGAUGACUCAGAGGGGCGCUUGGGUACCUCGCCGACCGUAAAUGUGUCACAUAGUGAGAGGAGAUCAGAAACAUACACGAAUACAGGUUACAAUGGAGGGGAAGGUGUAACUACCACUACCCUACCCCGCCACAGCCCAGAUGGUCCUGAUACCCCACACUCCGCACACACACACAUACACACACAGGUUCACACGGACAGGCAGGCAGAUACAGGUGAGAGGGUGGAGGUAGACAUAGACACGGAUGGGGAGGUAGGCAUAUCCACGGAUACAACAAGUGUGUAUGCCCAUAGGGCAAGUUACCAGACUCACGCAACAUUACCGGGUAGCACAACAGGCACACAGACACAAGCGCAGGGCGCAGAUAAUGUGGGUAGCAAUAUGAUAGGUAGGGAUAUUGUGGGUACGCCGAGUACCCCGGCCACCCACAUACACACCCGCGCACUGCAUAUCGUAGCGCAUGCCACGAUGGUGCGUUCGUAUGUUCUGCGGCACUGUGUGGGGCUGUUGGAGCGGAAGCACAGGAUAGCCGUUCUAAAGCUGAUGAUGGUUACCAUGGAGAUACCUUUGGACGAGAUCGUACUUGCUGUGGAGACCUACUUUGCGGACGAUGAGGAUGUCCAGCGAAAGGAGUCUCUGUUGUACGGUGUCUACGUAGACGUCUUCAGUGGUAGCAGCGGCGUGUACGCUGACGAAGCCAAAUCCCGCGCCAUGGCCUCGGCGUUCGCUGCGCUGUACGCGCAAUACGUUGAUCUCAUGUGCAUGCGUGAUCCAUUGGCUGUGUAUCCGUUUCUGCGGCUCAUGGGCGAGUUCCAUUGCAUGCGGGCUUGUUUGGAGAUCUGCAGGAAGCGCCAGGUGUUCGAUGCCUUGGCCUGGCUGCUAGAGCGAUCCGGUGACUACACCGGCGCACUGGCCUUGGGCGAGCAAGUGGUGGGGCUGCGACUGAAGACACUGCUACAGCACACCCUGCCGCGGGACAGUCCGUUGGCCACGGCUGCGGAUCUGUGGCAAGACGGGACCCUGUCCGGAGACGGGGACGGCGCAUGGGACCCAGAACUGGGCGCUGAAGGGUUGGGUAGGUUGGCUCUGGGGGAUAAGGAUAGACCAUUGGGUGGGGGUGGUACAAGUCUAGCGACACAUCGCAACCCGCCGGGUAUGGACGGUAGCGACAGGAUUGGGGGCAGCCGACCCGACACUGACACUGACACUGACACUGACACUGACACUGCGGUGUCAGUAGCACGGGCACAGGACGGCUCAGCACUGUGUUCUAUUUUUGGAAUGACUCUGGACCUCAUCCGGCGGGCGACCAAGACUGUGGCCGACUCCAAAGGGGGUGCAGCCAGAGCACCACACACCACACCACGCUCACCCACACAGACGCUUGGAGAUACGGCUGUUACGGAUACUCAGCCGUCUGCCCAGACACACACACACACAUACAUACAUACACACACACAUACAUAUACACGUGCAGAGGAGAGUGUGGGUGUGCAUAGGGAGGGCGUCGUGGUCGGGCCACCUGGAGAGGACGUCCAUGUGGGUGAACGCACCAUGCUGCACUUGAUCAAGCUGGUCAUACACGGCCUAGCACGCUGCGACACGGUCACUGAAUACAAGACCAAAUCGCGACUUCGCGACACAUUCGACACUCUGGUGGAGCUGCUGGUCGAUGCCAUCACCGACUGCCCGCCGGUAACCAUGGCAACUGUGCUGCAGGCCACAUUGCGCGAUGCGUCAUUGAACAUAACACACGUGGUUGGCUUGCUGCAACGUGUGUUCCAGUCGUACAGAGGUGAGGUGACUAAGAUGGAGUUUGCCUGCCUGUCUAUUGUCCACGACCACCAUAUGAUGGUUCGAGAACUGAUCAGCGCACGCAGCAGAGGUAUCACAGCCACCAGAGACGAGUGUCAGCUAUGCAAUGGUCUGCUCUGGUCUCGUCCGCGUACCAACCGAAAGACAAUCCGAAGUAAUACCAAUAGGCCAUCGAAGCUUCAGAAACACCCCCUGGGACCACGUGGUACCGAUUCAAUACCCAACGCGCAAACAGCUCGCAUGGCAGAGGUUGGAGAUAGCGAUACGGUGAGUGCUGCCCUGGAUUCAAGACAGUCGAAGGCCAAGCGUGGUCAAGAAGGGGAGAAUACGGUAACAUCCAGCCAUACUAGGAACGACGACGACGACGACGGAGUGGAUACAGACGGAGCGCUUGAAAGCCAUAUUGUUCGCAGGCAAUCCAAGGCCGUGCCCAUGUCUGACACCUCGGAUGACACCUCGGACACGUCCGAUCAUGACUCUAACUUUGUGCUGUACAGAGCCCUCAAGAAGCAACGUAGGCAAUCGAUAAAACACUCGGUCGUAAUCUUCGCCUGUCGCCACGGGUACCACACCACUUGCCUCAAACGGGCCGAUCCCGAAUGCACAGUCUACACUGAGGACGAUGAAUACAGAAACACGUCCCAACCCAGACACCUGCAUACACACCCCCUUACGAUGCGCAUGCGGGGUGGUGUGAAGUCGCCCAAGUCAGCCCUGUGUGCACUUUGUGCGGACAAGCGAUCGAUUAUGAGCCUGAGAGGCGUGAGAAUCCCGGCCGGAGGAAUAUUCAACUCAGGGAUGUCUUCUGAUGUCACCAAUUCUGAGAGUUCGAUACUCGGAAGUAAUUCCACCACAACCGAAUUCAAGGGUGGUACGGUAACACUGACAACAAAUGCCAAAGAAAUUAUGGCACUUAGGAAACAGGCGGCGCGUGACAAAUCACUCGCACAGAUGAAAGCGAGAUAUGAAAUCGAGACGAAUGGAAAAAUGCGCCGGUUGGCCUUGUUUGAACGCUCGGCCGGCGAGAAGACUACGGCGCGGACUAGCCAGCCACGUUGACCGCAACUAGUCUUCUCAUACCUAUUGCGCUUGAAUAAAUAAGCAAUUUAGUGCGAUUAAACUUGCUGCGAUGGUGACAUUCGCG